AUGUACCCUUUUCUGUUUUGCAAUGCUUCGUUUGGAGAGAACUUCUUUCAUGUCCUGACUUGUCUGGAGAGAUACCUGGCUGUUGUCCACCCCAUCACCUACAUGAGGCUGAGAAAGGCUCAUGGAAUCAGGAUCAGGAACAUCAGCAUAGUCUGUGUUUGGCUUCUGACCUUUUUGCUAAGCGGCCUUGUUUAUGUGGACCUUCACCCUCAGUUCCCCACCAUGUUCCUGACCCCGAUUGGCAUCUGUUUGGCUGCUGUGACUUUCUGCAGCUUCUCUGUUCUCUAUGUUCUGAUUCGUCCUGGUCCUGGAGAGGGAGGCCGGAAUGGGGGACGGGUUGACCGAUCAAAACUAAGAGCUUUCAUCACCAUCACAGUGAUAUUGGUGGUGCUGUGGCUGUGGUUGGGUGGGAUUCUUGUUUCCUACAGUCUUUAUGGCUCUAAUCUUGUGGGUAUGGAUGUCAAGUGUUCGUUAAUGAUGUGUGUUUAUGUGUUCAACAUUCCUAGUUCGUUCGUCUCACCUCUGCUGUAUCUACACAGGGCAGGAAAACUGUCAUGUUCCUGGUACUAUAAAGGCUGAGAUAGUCAUUAAUAAACAUGCUUGAUUAGUUAAUGAGGGAUUGUAAAUACAAGGAGCAUGCAGACCGGCAACUUAGCUUGAAGCUGUUUCAUUUUUUUAUCAUAAUUAGCUGCUUGAUAGUUAUGGAAUAUUGUCUGUACAAACUGUAUUUUGUUUAGAUUUUGUUCAGGUUUUGCAUCCAAAACUUUCUGUAUGAGUUCUAACAAUUCUUCCAAAAUGAGACCAGUUGAAUCCUUUCUUGUUUACAUGCAAAUAAAUGAUGUAAUGCCAUGCUAAAAGAAAUCUAAAUCUUUAUUUUUCUGCUGAUCUUCAAUCUUCUUGUGUAGUUCUCAAUCAGCCAGAUCAUGGUUGUCCAAUUCUUUGUUGAAAGGGCAGCUGUAUUUGUUUGAGGUUCUUGGGGAAGUUCUGCCUCUCAUGAAAGGUCUUUGAGAACCUCCUGACCAAGGUCCUAAGCUCAACCUACAAUAAACCAGCUGAUCCUAAUUCCAGCUCAUAGGUCAGCUAAUAACUUUUCUCACCUCUAACUGGUAAAUGUCAGAGAGGACGUUCUCUUUAACCUGCUUCAGUCUGCCUUCUUACCGCUACCCUCAGGACACCUUUACCACCCAUCUCCACCCCAGCUCCUCCUCUUGUGCAGUAUCUGAUCUUACCGGUGUCAUAAAUAUUGUUCCUUUUGAUACUGCUGCUCUCCUUACAUUGGCUUUCAGGUGCUUUUCUUGCAUAAGGCUUUGGCAUAUGCUGAGAGUAAGCGGAGGUGCAGGGAGCACUCAGACUUGUCUAUUACCGACGCAUGCAAGUAAAUCAUUCUGUUGAGAAAAGUGGUCCUGACUGAACCAAAUUACAAAUUGAACCAUUGCAGAACUACUGUUUUAUUUUUUUACCCAGGCAGAUAGUUUUGAAAUAAUGUUUGUUAGAAAUUUCAGUGAACAAUUCUGUACCAUGGAAAAUCUUCUGAAGUGUAUAGUCAUAUGUAAAUCACUAAUCACAGACUUUUCUUGUGCUGCCUUGUCAUCAAGGUCAAUCUUGUUGUCUGCCUGUAAAUUCUGUAUUCAUGUAAAAACCGUCCUGUUGUUCUUGGAGUUAACAAAUGUUGAACUGCCACUGGUGUAAACCCUCAGCUCAGGUUCAGUGUAAUUAUUAGGUGCUCUGAGAAUCCUACAGGUGCAUGCAGGUGGGGGGUGGGGGAGGGGAUUUGCCUCCUCUGAUUUAUCGUAUGAGCCAUUGGAAAUAUGUUGUUCAACAUGCAAAACAGCUCCCUCUUCACUUUUUCCACUUUGACAUGUUAACAGCAUAAUCAGACCACGCUCACAAACGCAAAAGCACUGAUGUACAGAUCGACAAGCAACCAGUCAAGAGCUGCCACUGAAUCUGUUGAUGCCGUGGAGUAACCAUCACUACUAAACACCUUUGACCAGGUAGGAGAUCAUUAUUAUCCAUUUAGUUUUUAGUGGAUGUAUGAAGACAAGCUGAAUCUAAAACUUAGAAAAAGUAGUUUUGGUCAGUUUGACCUUUUCCUUAGACUAUUUCAACGAAGUUUGAACGGAUUGAACUCUCAAUCUUUCACCUACAAUUGCGAUGGUUGUUCACAGAAUAAUUUCUGUUAUUUCUUCUGUCUUUUCCUCUCCACAGGUCAUAACAUGCAAAGAGCCGACAUGCAACACAACUCUUCUUUUAAUUCAACAGCCGAUGAUUGUGGAGCCAUAGUUUAUUUUGACCUUGGCAUUUCAAUUCAGUCGAUCAGAACAUUCUUCCUCGUUCCCAUCUACACUCUGGUUUUCUAUCUUGGUGUCCAACAAUGGAGACAACAACGCUCUUUCUCAGCAGCCAGCCACUCUGAUAUCUUUACCUUCAAUAUGGCUGCCCUCCAGUUAAUCUGGGUUGGGGGUACAGUUGUCUGGGCAUGGGCUCUAUCCACUGGAAUUCCACAGAUAGUUGCAAUGUACCCUUUUCUGUUUUCCAUCGCUUGGUUUGGAGAGAACUUCUUUCACGUCCUGACUUGUCUGGAGAGAUACCUGGCUGUUGUCCACCCCAUCACCUACAUGAGGCUGAGAAAUGCUCGAGGAGUCAGGAUCAGGAACAUCAGCAUAGUCUGUGUUUGGGUUCUGACCCCUUUGCUGAGCGGCUUUAUUUACGUGAACUUUCACCCAAGUAUGCCCAUCAUGUUCCUGAUCUUGUUUGGCGUCUGUUUGGCUGCUGUGACUUUCUGCAGCUUCUCUGUUCUCUAUGUUCUAAUUCGUCCUGGUCCCGGAGAGGGAGGUCGGGAUGGGGGACGGGUUGACCGAUCAAAACUAAGAGCUUUCAUCACCAUCACUGUGAUAUUGGUGGUGCUGUGGCUGUGGUUGGGUGGGAUUCUUGUUUCCCACUCUCUUUACGGCUCUAAUCUUAUGGGUAUGGAUGUCAAGUGUUUGUUGCUGAUGUGCGCUUAUCUGUUCAACAUUCCUAGUUCGAUGGUCUCACCUCUGCUGUAUCUACACAGGGCAGGAAAACUGUCGUGUUCCUGGUACAAAAAAGGCUGAGAUGAGCAUUAGUUUACAUUUAUAUGAUUGAAGGACUGUGUAUAAUAUAUAUCUAUGUUCAUCGUAUCUAUACUUUCUCCAGGUUUAUGAUCCAAGCUUUCUGUAUUAGUUACAACAAUACCCAAAAAAUGUGUAUGCACUUGUGUGUAUGAAAAUAAAUAAUACAUAUAUACAUAUUUUUUUACACAUGUUUGCUUCUUCCUACUGAAACAUGUUUCACAUCAUAUUUUAAUUCUUUUUCAUCCUCUUGCUUCGGUUUGAUCUGUAUUUAAAGGACUGCAGAACUCAUGUUUUAUUAAAAAUCUUCUGAACUCAGACCUAACCAAACUGCAGUUCCAGGGGUGUCCACCUCAGACUGCAAACUGUCCUCCCAUCAGUCAAACACACACGAAAACGCGAGAAAAUUGCCCCCAGUUUAAAAAUACCAAAGUUCCCCGCGAGGCAUGCUGGGAUACUCAGUGAGGCUAAAAAUCUACCUGUCCCACUUCUCCUGCAUUGGAUGAUAAUUGCGCCUUUCAGGAAAGCAAAUGAAAUAAACCUUGUUGAUUUCUGGAUAAAUUUACCCUUGCGCUGCCCUAGCAGGGUCAAAAAUACCCCCCCCAUGGCAUAGAUAGAAAUUUUUAACUCAUUUGAACUCAUGACUCCUGAUGUUCCAGCACAUCUCAAACAGCUCAAAUGUGUGUCCACAUGGCUCAGGGGAUAAGAACACUGACUGGGAUUCCUGAGGUUGUGGGUUCGAACCUUAUUCAGGACCAGUUUUAAAGUCAAGGUGCUAAAGUACUAAGAUAAAAGCACGCAGAGCUCAUCCCCAAGUGUGGAUGGUAUCUGGUAGCGCAACUAGAACAGUUAAUGGUUAAUGAAACGGAUAACUUACAUUUUUAUCACUGUAUAACCAGCCUCCAGUUUGGGCUUGUGACGCCAGUUUAUAUCAAAUACAAUAAAACAAAAGUAGUCUACAACCUGGAUUUAAACGAGCAGAGAUGAUGGAUGGCAUCUUGUAAUGCAGCGUGGUUCAUUAGUGUGUUAAUGUAGAAAAUGGAUUGUUUAGUUUCAAAUAUCAUCUUAAUAAUUUGGUACUUUUGUUAUCCUUGAGCUUCCCACAGUUAUAGCGAGUUAAUGUGCGGAAUAGCAAAAUAAUGUGGAAAAAAAUGGAGUCCAGAGUGAUUAUGAAGUUGUUUUGACACAUGCAAAACAACUCCUGCGAUCAGACAUCACUUUGCAGUAAAAACAUCAUGAAUAACCCGAACUCUCUUUAGUGUGAUUAUACUUUUAGACCAGGACUGGUGAGCAGCAGCUAUUCAGUGUGAAGACCUCAGAGAGGGACUAUCAUCAAGCCGACUGAUAAAGUGAGUGAUCUUUUAUUGUGUUAGGCUAAUAUUGCCUUUUGAUGGGUCACCUCUUUUGUUCAGAGCAAAUCAAGUUGAAUUGUAUUUAAAUGAUAAUCUGAAAAUCCGACAUUUUUAACUGGUGUGCCAAAAGCAGUUCUGUUAUUGUGAUCCGGUUGGGUUAAAUGAGAUUUUAAUGAUCUGAUGUGAUUUUUGUGUAUUUGAAAAUACGUGGAUUUAAUUUUUUACUCACUAAAUUUGCAUUGAAACACAAUCUAUUCCAGUUUAAUCUAAUCACAUCUGUGCUAAUCUAGUCCAGCCAAAUCAAGUCUAGUGAAAUUCAAUUCAAGUUAACACAUUCAAGUUAGUUAGCUCAGUCCAAUCUGGUCCAGUUAAGUUGAUUCAGAUCCAAUCCAAUCCAGUCCGGUCCAGUCAGUUCCGUUCCAUUCAAAUUGUUGAGACUAAUAAAAUCCAAUCCAAUUUAGUGGAGUCCAGUCCAAUCUGGCCAAGUUCAAACUAAUUCUGUGAAAUUUAAUUUGAUUAAGACCAGUCCAGUUCAAUCAAAAAAAAUUCAGUCUCAUCCAACUCCAUCCAAUUCUAGUCCUAUCCAGUCCUAUUCAGUCUCGUCCCAACUCAUCUAAUCUGAUGCAGUUCAGUCCACUUCGUACUCAGCCAAUCCAAUCAAAAACAAUUUAAAUUCCUUCAGUCCAAUCAGAUUCAGUUUUUUCUAAUCCAGCCUAAUCUAAUCUUGUCUAGAACUGACCUGUAUGGAAUAGUCGCUUAUUUUUUCAAAUCUAACCGUAUUGUGAGGGAGAGAUGUUCACCAUAUAUCCACGAACUAGUGUGACCAUUGAGGGCUAGGCAUCCUCACAGCUGAUACUGUUGUGACCCAAAGAUUGUGUUCAGUGUAGGUUUCAAAGUAUCCUUGUUUUGAUUUGAUGUUUGACAGCACACCUCCUCCUCCUCCUCCUUCUUCUUCCUCCUGUCCCUCAGGUUUCCAUCUGUUGAAAUGUCACUCAACUCCUCGUCGACCGUCAACACCUCUCUGAAUUCGGUCAACAGAGAUUGUUCAAACUCUGAUCUUUCCAAUUUGAUCAUAAUUAUCUACGGCAUAACCAGAGCCAUCCUCCUUUGCCCUCUAUGUAUCCCAGUCCUCUGUAUAGGUCUUAAACGCUGGAGGAAGAAGUGCUCCUUUGCAACCGAAUGUCACUCAGACAUUUUCACCUACAACACCAUUUCUUUAGAGGCGCUCAGAGUCUUGGGGUUGAUUCUUCACUGUUUGCAUAAACUCACUGAGGUCCCAGAGUUGCUGACAGCAGGAUAUUGUCUUUAUACCAUCACUUGGUUUGGGGAGAACGUCUUUCACAUCCUGACCUGUGUGGAGCGGUACUUGGCUGUAGUUCACCCCAUCACCUACAUGAGUCUGAAACAUGUCCGUGGGAGCAGGAUCAGAAACGUUGUCAUUGGUUGUGUUUGGCUGCUGUCUCUCUUCUUCACCACGACAUUACUCUUCCACUUCACCUCAAUGAUCCUCAUUUUGAAUCUUAGCAUGCAGGCCGUUUCUUUAGUAAGCGUCUCCUUCUGCUCCUUAUCUGUUCUCCAUGUUUUAAUUCACCAAGGACCAGGUGAAGCCGGACACGGAACGGACCAAAAAAAGCAAAGGGCGUUUUUCACCAUCACAGCCAUAUGGGGAGGUUUAUUUUUGUGGUUCGAGUCAGACAAAGGGCAGUUUAAGAGUAGGUGGGUUGUUUGAUGUUGGUCUGCCGUGAUUUCUAGUUCGGUUCUUGAGUCUUCCUACCAGAGUUUUCCCUUUUUUAUGGAAGUGCCUGUGCCCAAAAGUUUCUGUCCUGCCAUCUUUCCUUCCUCAGGUACUGCGAUGGCUUGAUGCCUUCUCUGUAUCUGACACUCAUGCCUUUUCCUGCAUGGAUAGACAGGACGCCAUAGCAAAUUCGUGGUCUGCAUAUGGUGACCAUGGUCGGCACAUAUCCAAGACUCCUUCAAUUGAGGAUAACAAAGGUGCCCAACUUUUUCCCAGGCCAAGAGGGAUGCGUCACUUGUCCUCCUUUUCCCAGGAUAGAUCAGGUUCAUCCUUCAUGGCCUUAGGAGUCAUUAUGUGCCAAUCUGUAUGAGAUGAUAGACUAGGCUUAGAAAUAUGCACUAAAACAUUUGAGCUUGGCUUUAACUUGAUUAAAUAGCUGGGAAUACAAAUUACAAAAAAACGCCCAUGUAGCUUCUACUUUUCUCCUUGACGAGGAUGCUGGGUCCUUUGACGGAUGCUAUCUUUUCAGUGGGACACAGGGUCUCCAGUUCAAGGUUUGUCACUAAGUUCUCACGCCGGGUUUUGCUCAGCAGACUUAUAUAAAUCUAUUUCUCCAUAUAGAUAGUUUUGUCUUUGUCAGAUUGUGAAGAUGAGAAACUUUCUGUAAACACUCAGCACGGUCAGCUGUCAGGAAAAAGUGAUAGAAGGACUUUAGUCUGAUGGAUGCAGUGUCUGUACUGACAAAGCACAGGUGCACAGGGAGGGGAACUGUGCGGACGGGUAAAAGGAUUUGAAAGAAAAUUUGCCUUCUAUGUUUUAUUUGCUUGAGUUAUGGCAAAUUUGUUAUCAAACAUGCAAACCAGCUCCCGUUCCCCUCUAUCCGACUCAUGGACGUCAUUAAUAUCCCACAAGUAUUCAAUCGUUUCUGGACCAGAGGAGUGUACAGCGAGAAAUGAGACCACAGAUGUCAGAAGGACUGCCAACAAAAACCUCUGUAGUCAAGGUGAGUUUUUUCAGCGAUUACUCAGUGAUGUUUGAUGGUAUUCUGAAACUUUGUGUUUGGUUUAAGUGCUUUUUGAAUUUCUAGUUCGGCUCAUGUUGAACAUUUUGAUUUAAAAGAAACAUCUCAACAGUUGGAUGAAUUUCCAUCCACAAAAUCUGGUCAGUGAUUGGUACUAUUCGGUGCUCUAGUGCAACUUUACUUUAGAUGGCAGUCAUAACAAGACUUAGUCAGAACUUUUUGGUUGUAAGAAUCAGUUUCAGAAUUAUCUUGGCUGUUGACCUUGUAAACCUUUAACAGUUUUUUCUCCUGCCGUCCUCCUCAGGUGUCCUUCUGCAGAUAGUGGAAAUGUCGGCAAACUCUUUGACCAGCAAUUACUCCACUAUUGUUUGGGCACACAACAUAAGCACCCCAUUCCUAGUUUGUAGCAUCAUUGACACCACUUUCUUCGCCACCAGAUCAGUCCUCCUCUUCCCUCUCACUGUCCUCAUACUCUACCUGGCUUACCAAAGAUGGAGGCAGCAGGGCUCUUGGACAGCUGUGAGCCACUGUGACCUCUUCACCUACCACCUGGCUGUCAUGGAGUUGUUUGAUAUUUUAGGUACGGUGUCCUUGCUUUGCGGCCUCUUGACUGGAUUCAAAGACAUAGUGAGAGUGAGCCGGUAUUUAUAUUCCAUUCCUAUCACUGGGGAGUUCUUCUUUCACAACCUGACCUGUGUGGAGCGAUACCUGGCUGUUGUUCAUCCCCACACCUACAUUGGUCUGAGAAGUGCUCGUGGGGUCAGGAUCAGGAACACCAUCAUUGGGUGUGUUUGGCUGCUGAGCUUCGCCUGGAUGUUAAAAAUAUCUCUGUAUUAUCCGUUGUAUCCCAUCGUUCCAUCUCUCGUCGUCUUCACGCUGUCUAUAGUUAUCAUUUCCUUCUGCGGCCUCUCUGUUCUUUGUGUUCUGAGUCGACCUGGACCCGGACAAAAGGUGCAGGACAAGGAGGGAGUGGACCAGUCAAAGAGAAGGGCUUUCUACACCAUUAUGGCUAUAACGGGGGUUCUGUUUCUGUGGUUUUCAGGGAUUAUGGUUGGGAUUGCUGUGCGAACCUCAGUGCAGCUCAGUGACGAUGGAAAAUGUCUGAUGGAAAAAUGUGCUUACUGGUUGAAUGUGCCCUGUAGUUUGGUUCUUCCUCUUCUAUAUCUACACAGGGCGGGGAAACUGUCAUUUUCUGUUAGAACUUGUGGAAUUAAAUAA